GGCCGUGAACAAUGAGCCCACCAAGCCCACUAAGCCCCAAAAGCAAACCCUGUGUUUUUUCUAGCGAGCAACAAAAAGAACGUGAAUCGGGAGAACACAAAAGACGAAAACCGUUUUGCACUGCCGCUCAAUUAGCUCAGCAUCGUUCGUGUCCGUACGUCGGCGAAGCAAUUAGAAACCCUAGCUGGUGUCACGUGUCACCAGCAUCAAAACCUGUGUUUUAGCUUCUGGAGCUGUAAUUGUUUUAGGUUUUUUGGAGUUUUAAUUGUUGCUGACUCAAUUGCACGGUUUAGAACGCAUAUGUGGUGUUCUGGAGUUUUUCAACCCUAAAAUAUUUUUUUUUUAACUCAACAAUUGACAGCUUCCAGAAAACGAACCAACAUUCAGGAGGAGAAAAACUAGUUUAUCUUGAAACAGAUACAUAAAUAUUUGAAUCUUGUUGCAAAUAAAGUGUAAAAAGCAAAGUACUUCAUAAAUUAUGUUCACUUCAAAACAAAUGAACUAGAGAUCUCAAAAUGAUAUCUGGGUGGAUAUUCUACAUUUCAGUAAAAACAAAUGUCAAGCGCUUGGACAAAUAUGAGCUAUGGAAUCUUACAUAAGGGUGUAAAUGAGAAUUAGGAGAAAACGGUUUGGAGUUGGGGUUAUAUAAAUAUAAUUGGACCUUGGACCCCAAAAUUUGUUUCCAAAAUGUAUAGCUGUGCAGCACAUUGGCGCUUUUGAGCAAUUUUAAAGGAUUUGGGGAAUUUUAUUUCAAAUAUUAUAGCUUUGGAACUUCAUGGACUGCAUAGGCCUUGGAGCUUGUGAAGCACAGCUCUUCAUAAGGAGUGCUUUUUUGUCUUGGGCUAAUCUACUGAGCUGUUUCUUUGGAACUGAAAAUGAGUAGCCGCUUCUCGCGUAUGAUUUAUGUUGGAAACCUGCCUUUGGAUAUAAGAGAGAGGGAAGUUGAAGAUCUUUUCUAUAAGUAUGGACGCAUAUUGGACAUAGAAUUGAAGAUUCCACCUCGUCCUCCCUGUUAUUGUUUUGUGGAGUUUGCAAAUGCACGAGAUGCUGAAGAUGCCAUUAGGGGCCGUGAUGGCUAUAAUUUUGAUGGUUGCCGCCUCAGGGUUGAGCUUGCUCAUGGUGGCCGUGGACAAUCAUCUUCAGGUGAUGGCCGUGGCAGUGGCGGUGGUGGUGGUCGGGGCCGUGGCGGAGGUGGCGGUGGACGUUUUGGCAUUUCACAACGUUCUGAGUAUCGAGUUAUUGUUCGUGGGCUACCAUCAUCUGCAUCCUGGCAGGAUCUUAAGGAUCACAUGCGUAAGGCUGGUGAUGUAUGUUUCGCUGAAGUUUCCCGUGAUAGCAAAGGGACAUUUGGCCUUGUUGACUAUACCAACUACGAGGACAUGAAGUAUGCUAUACGGAAGCUUGAUGACACUGAGUUCAGAAACCCAUGGACAAAAACUUAUAUCGAGGUAAGAAAGUAUGAUAGGAGUCCUUCUAGGAGUCGGAGCCGGAGCCGAAGCAGAAGUCGUAGCCGAAGCCGAAGCCGUAGCAGAAGUCGAAGCCGAAGCCGAAGCCGAAGCCGGAGCCGAAGCAGAAGCAAGAGUAAAUCCUUGGAGCGACCAGCGGCAAAAUCACCAUCAAAGUCUAGAUCAGCUUCUCCUGUGAAGUCGCCAAGAGCCAGGUCAAGGUCAAGGUCAAAGUCACCAACUCCACGGAAGGAGGGAAGUCCCUGAGCCAAUGUCAAGCCUUAUCUGUCUGUGUUCUGUCAGCCUUUAUUGUUUUAUUAACUAGUUAAUUGGUGAAUCAUACAUCUAGAUGUCUGAACCCCUUGAUGUUUGUUUGUUUGUUUGUCUGUGAUACUUGUGAGAGAGACUUCUACUUGCAUUUCAAUUGGACUCAUAAUAUAUGUAAUACCAGACUUUUGUUUGAUAAACCGGACCGGGGCUAAUCGAUAUAAUCGUAAGCCGGUUGUUUUGA